GGUGAAGCUGUGGUGAGGCGCUCGGGCACGUCAUUCCACUUGGGGCCCAGCGACACCCCGACAGCAGUGAGCUCCUUGGAAUGGAAGGCACAGCUGUGCUCAGAGGAACGCACUCGCGUGCUGUUCAGCUGGAGGGCCAAUGGCAGCUCCGAAGGGGAGCACUGGGACUCCGGCCGCCACAGGCUCCGCCUCAGCACCAGCCCGCCCAGUCUCCUCUUCGAGGCCGCGCAGCAGGACGACAGCGGCACCUACUCCUUGGAGGUCACCAGCGAGGCGGGCGCCGUCAGGAUCCACUGCUUCCUCGUGUCCGUGCUGGACCCCGUGCGGCAGCCCGAGCUGCGGCUGCUGGAGCAGAGGGCGGCCCCGGGCGGCAGGUGCCAGGUGACUCUGAACUGCUCGGCCUCCGGAGGCAGCGAUGUGGCCUACACCUGGUCCAGAGGGGGCCAGGCCAUCCCGCCGCCCAGGAGCCCCUUCCGCCUGGAGGAGCAGAUCGGGGCGGGCGGCCUGCACACAUACACCUGCAACACCAGCAACGCGGUCAGCUGGGCCAGCCGGAGCCUCCAGCUCGGCCCGGGCUGCGGGAGCGCUGGCCACAAGCUCGGCCUCCUGCCCCUUUUGAUGAUCAUCCUGGUUCCCAUACUCACGCUGCUCGGCACCCUCACCUGCGUCUGCAUGUGGAGAAGGGGGAGGAAGCCGGCAGAGCCCGGCCCAGAGGAGGCGCUGACCGUUUAUGAAGAUGUCCGCAGCCCGCCCAUCGGGAGCGGCCAGGAGCGGAGGCAGGAGCAGGACUCCUCUGGGAAUGGGAGCACUGUCUACUCCAUGGUGCUGCCCCAGUCUUCCGCUGCCACAUCACAAGAAACUGCAACUACUCUGUAUUCAGUGGUCCUGCCCUCGGGGAAGUCUGGAUCUAAGAAGAGGAGCCACAGCCCUUCCAUCUAUGAAGGGGUUGGAAAGACACAACCCAGAGCUCAACACCCUGCUUGACUCAACACCUGGAGCUGAAGAACUUUUCUGGGUAAUCCCAGGGGCCACUCCAGUCUCCCCUCUGUUAAGCCCCAGCAUCUGUUUUGGGAAUCAGUGCAAUGGUUUACAUAAUAGUUCCUAGUCUGGGAGUUUGUUGAUGGACUAUAUUUUGUUUUGAAAAUGAUUUUUUAACAGCCAUUAAAAUAGCAAGGCAUCUGCA